AGAACAGGGUAGUUCAGAGGAAAAGAAGAAGGCAGAGGAACCAACUGAAGUCAUCUUGAGCGAGAUAAGGACUUCAGAACUGGACAUCUUUGAACUAGACUGGACCUAAACAUGGAAAAUGGCAAAACAGAAGAAAAGACAGAAGACGUGUCAGAAGAGAAAGAAGAAAAUGUGGAGGGGGCUAACGUGCAGAUCGCACAGCUGCAGGGCCUGGUGGCUGAGCUGCAUGAGGGGCUCCACACUGCUCUGACAGAGCUGCGCGAGCUGCGUCAGAGGGACCACGGCCUGGAGGAGAAGCUCCAGGCCCACCAGACUGACGUGGACGAUAAGAUAAUGGGUCUCAAGAAUUCGAUCAACACUUUCAAGGAGGAGCUGAAUGUGGCAUUGUACCACAUUAAGGACGUGUCCAGCAGACAGAGAGACGUUCAGAAGAGGAUGGAUCUACUGCAGUCAGAAAACACCAGGGAUAUCAUCUCUGCUCCACACAGUAGAAAGAGCUCCAAGGCAGAUGUGUUAAUGGCAUCAGGGGAUGAACACAUCUGUGUGCCCAGCCAAUCAGAGCUCAGCGUUAUUCAACACUUUCUUUCCAGUCUGCCACAUAGUGGGUCAUCACAGAGGAGCACCACGUCUACACAGACCUCCAUCUCUGAGCAGGAGGCUCAGUCACAGCAGCAGAGAGGUUGUCUGUCCAAAUCUCCAGCAUGGGAAGAGGGAAAGCACAACAGAGACAACACAGAAACCCCCAACAGCCAGACUGAAUACAAUAAGAGACAGAGAGCGGCUCUGGAACUGCUGGAGUCAGAGAGAGUUUAUGUCUCCCACUUGUCUCUGCUACUGAAGGCCAACAUCUCCUUCAAUGGAUCAGAGGCACUCACCGCCAAAGACAAACGUCCUUUUCCCAGCUCCCUGAGGUUUCUGAUCCAGCAGCAUCUCGAGCUCCUCCACACUCUCCAGGAACGUGUGCUCAAGUGCCAGUGGCAAGGCAUCAUGGGGGAUGUGUUUAUGAGGCUCACCAGCAAGGAGAGUGAUUUCUUGGACUUCUAUGUGUCCUACCUGAAGGAGCUUCCUGACUGUUUGUCAGUCGUCACCAUGCUGGCCUCCACCUCCAUGAAAUCUUCUCCCCUCCUGGAGAGCGACAUAAUGGGUGACGAAUCCAAACCCUCCCUCCACACCCUGCUCCUGCAGCCGGUCCAGAGGAUCCCGGAGUACCUGCUGCUGCUCCAGGGGCUGCUGAGGCAGACAGAUGCGGAUCACCCAGACUACUACCUGCUGCUGGUGUGCAUCCAGCAGUUCCGGUCCUUCACAGCUCAGUACCACCACCUCCUCCAGCACAACCAGGAGCUUCUGCUGCACAAUCGCAAGGAGAUGAAGAGGUCCACCAUGAAGCACCUGCUAAAGACAGUCGAAAGUGGAAUUCAAGCUAACAGUAUUGGCUCACCGUACCCUUGCAACAGUGCUAUGCUGGAACAUGCAAACCAGGUGAAGCGCAGCAAGCAGCGUCUUCUGGAGCAGAUCCAGUCUCACCGUUUCCAGGACUGGGAUAGAGACCGGGAUCCCGAAGCUCAUUGUUACGACACAGAGUGGCCCUCCCAGCUCCCGUUCUUCAGCCCUGACCUGGACUCAAGGAACCACAAGCCGGCAGGUCUUGGUAGUAUCCCAGAGAGUGAUGCAUCUGAGAGGUCCACGUCGUGCCAGCAUCAUCUUCCCUCCAGACCUGCAGACUUCCGUCAGGUUCAACCAGGCUCUGCUCUUGCAGAUGCUCUCGGAGAGUUCCUCCUCCCUCCAGACCCCCCGGGGAUGGAGAGCCUAUAUGAAGAGGAUGCAGGCUCCCUGCAUGAUCUCUCUAUGUUCGACCGCUGCUCGUCUGCCUCUUCAGAUUCCUCCAUUGACAUUGCCUUCGUGAAGUGCCCCAAAGCUCCGUCACAUCAUGCAAUGGCAGUGAACGUGUCGACAACCCGUGAUGUCUUUGGCAACGGUGGAAGCCAGGGCAAUGGUUUCAGCAAACUGCCCAACCGAGGGUGCGUGUCUCCGGAUGAAGCUGUAAUGAUGCGUCGUAAUCAGCAUCGCCCCCUUCAGGCCAGCCAGCGUAAGAGCAAGUCACUGAACGGCCUGCAGAUGGACAACACAGUGAGUAGCGUGGAUGGUGGACCUCUAUCAGACCACCUCCAAAGAGCGGGACUGGGCAGCCAUGCAAAGCUGGAGCGCCAGGGCAGCAAGGGCAGCAAAGGGUGUCCAACCCCGUCCCGUAAGGUCCACAGCCCCCUGGGAAACAGAGCGGACACAGACAAGCAUAGCGGUGAUCUUCACGGGCUGCUCAGCAUUGACUCCGGAAUCCAAUCAUGGGGGGACGAGUCGAAGUGGAGGGGUGGGACAGAGGAGAACAACCACUCGGCCUUCAGUGAGAGGAGUCGGAAGCAGGACAAAGGAGGCUUUAGGAGCUCGUUCAAGAAACUCUUCAAGAAGAAGAGUGGUGAUGAGAAGAAAGAGAAGGGAGGUGAGAAAACAUCAGAAAACCAAAACAACGGCGAGCACGAGACACUGGGGAAAAAUCCCAAACUGGUACAUCUGGAGAUAAACCGUGGCACAGCUGUAUGAACACCGCUCUAUCACACACGCCGGCGCUCUCACAGACUGAUCAAAUAUGCAGUGUAAUGCAUGCAUACUCAAGCUUAAGCUGUAUAAAUGAUGUACAGGUAUAAGCCAUAAAGCUCAGCAACAUUUCCUAGUAUACAGUUUACAUUUGAUUUUUAUUUGAAAGACAAAUUCCUGCCCCUGGACCUUCGUACUGAGGGAAAGCAGCACUUGACUUGGUUGUACAGUGAAUGCCUAUUUUUGCUUAUGUUCAUAUUUUCUCAGUCUUACUAAGAGUACGGUAUGUGUGGCCCACACCAAAAUGACACGGGAGGAUUACAUUUGUUUCAACUUAGAUUAAAUGACCAAAUUUAACUUUUUUUUGCCAGUUGAUAUAUGAUUACAAACUUGACCACUAGAUGGUGUAGUUUAGCACUUUCCUUUGCUAUACUGUAAAUAGCUCUGCUCUACCUCCUUUUGCUUCAAUCUUUCAGAAAAAAACUAACACUUUUUAUUUCGAAUCUGUGCAAAUUUACCUACAAACAUUUUUAUGGCUGCUUAAUUUCUUAAGCCAUAACCAGAAAUUAUUAUGUUGUGCAUAUACUCAGGAGAAC